AUGUGGUUCUCUGGUCCACAGUUUUUACUAUCUCAAUCGAAUGAGUGGCCUCAUUGCGAAGAGUUCAAAGGCGACGAAAUCGACCAAGUCGAACUAAAACGUUACGUGCUGCAAAUAGACAGGGUAAUUCAAAAAAGUUUAUCGCUGGACACAGAAUAUUUCUCGGAUUGGAAGCGCUUAUAUAGAGCAGUUGCGACGUUCUUGCUGUAUAUGAAUAAACUGCUUGCAGCGACUAAAACGCAAAAGUUUAAUAAAGCCAUCGAUUUUCAAAUGAUUCAACGAGCUCAAAUAAUCAUAAUAAAAUAUGCUCAGGACAGCGUAUAUCGCGAAGAAAUAAACCUCUUGAGUCUCGGUAAAGCUCCGCGUAAGCAUAGCCAGCUUGGCUCUUUGAAUGUAUAUUUAGACAAGAGCGGAGUAAUUAAGAGCAAAAGCCGCGCAGAGCACCUUAACAGUCGUGCGGACGUUAUUGUGCUACCAAAUUCACACCAUGUUACAUUUUUAAUUGUUCGCUCGAUACAUGAAAAAUUCCAUCACCACAUACACGAAGCUAUCAUUAAUACAGUACGCGCACAAUAUUACAUACCUCGACUACGAGUCUUGUACAGAAAGGUCCGCAAAUCUUGUCAGCAGUGUAAAAAUUACACCGCUAAACCAAAUGCGCCACAAAUGGCGGUAUUGCCAAGUGCGAGGCUUGCAGCCUUCGAAAGGCCUUUUACUUUCGUCGGAAUCGAUUUCUUUGGUCCACUCUUGGUGAACGUUGGGAGAAGGCGGGAAAAACGGUGGGGUGUUUUAUUCACCUGUCUAACACUGCGCGCUAUUCAUAUGGAAAUUGCGCACAGCCUGGAUACAAGUUCUUGCGUUAUGUCGAUCAGAAAUUUUGUAGCUCGCCGUGGCUACCCACGACAAAUCUUCACCGAUAACGGCACGAAUUUCAAAGCUGCGAAAAAGAUCAUAUGCGCGGAGAUGAAAGAGGUAGAUUUUUCACUACUUAUGUCAACAUUCGACCAGAUCAGCUGGAAGUUCAUUCCGCCAGCAGCGCCUCAUAUGGGAGGGGCUUGGGAACGGCUCGUGCGGUCUGUCAAAUCUGUUUUGUACAAUAUUAUGCCGUAUGCAAACUUCAACGACGAAAGCCUCAAAAGUAGCUUAUGCGAAGUAGAAUACAUCAUAAAUGCACGCCCCUUAACUUUCGUUUCACUCGAAUCAGACGACGACGAUGCUAUUACGCCAAAUCACCUUCUGCUGGGUUCGCCGGAUGGCUUCAAACCCGUGUGUACCGACGAAUUAGACCUAAGAAAACGUUGGUACCAGACCCAAAAGUUCGCUGACAGAUUCUGGCACAGAUGGGUUAAGGAGUACGUACCCAUCAUCUCUAGACGUAGCAAAUGGUUUAAUAAGGUACCGCCGAUACGUGUUGGAGAUAUUGUCGUCAUAGUCGACGAAAAUUUGCCAAGGAAUUGCUGGCCGAGAG